AUGAAUGAGACGGACCCUAAAAGCAUCAUUAAAAGCAUCUGUGACUUAAUGACGGAGCACUGGCUGCAAGGCGUGGUGUUUGGAGAUGACACGGACCAGGAGGCCAUCGCCCAGAUCCUGGACUUCAUCUCGGCCCAGACUCAUAUUCCCAUCCUCGGCGUUCGCGGGGGUUCGUCCAUGAUCAUGGCUGCUAAGGAUGACGACUCCAUGUUCUUUCAAUUUGGCCCCUCCAUCGAGCAGCAAGCGUCAGUCAUGCUCAACAUCAUGGAGGAGUAUGACUGGUACAUCUUCUCCAUCGUUACCACAUAUUACCCGGGCUACCAAGACUUUGUCACCAAGAUCCGAAGCACCAUCGAGAACAGUUUUGUAGGCUGGGAACUGGAAGAAGUUUUACUCCUUGACAUGUCUGUAGAUGACGGCGAUUCCAAGAUUCAGAACCAGCUAAAGAAACUCCAGAGUCCCGUUAUUCUUUUGUACUGCACAAAAGAAGAAGCCAACACUAUUUUUGAGGUGGGCCAUUCGGUCGGGAUUACCGGUUAUGGCUACACGUGGAUUGUGCCCUCGCUCAUCGCUGGAGACACUGACGUGGUUCCUGCCGAGUUCCCGACAGGGCUGCUGUCCGUGUCCUACGACGAGUGGGACUACGGCCUGGAGGCCCGCGUCCGUGACGGCGUGGCUAUUAUAACCAUGGCGACGUCCACCAUGAUGAUGGACCGAGGACCGCAUACCUUGAUCAAGUCCGAGUGCCACGGAGCUCCCGACAAGAAGACCCCCAUCUCGGCGCUCGCUCGGUACCUAAUGAAUGUGACGUUUGAGGGCCGAAAUUUGUCGUUCAGUGAAGAUGGCUACCAGAUGCACCCCAAGCUGGUCAUCAUUCUGCUCAACAAGGACAGACAGUGGGACAGGGUAGGCAAAUGGGAGAACGGCUCCCUUUCGAUGAAGUACCACGUGUGGCCUCGCUAUGAACUCUACGGUGGGAUUGCAACCAGGGAAGAUGACCACCUGUCCAUCGUGACGCUGGAGGAGGCUCCUUUCGUCAUCGUGGAGGACGUGGACCCGCUGAGCGGGACUUGCAUGAGGAACACCGUGCCCUGCCGCAAACAAAUCAAAACAUUGAAUCAGACCAAGGAGUCGGGGAUUUACAUCAAGCGAUGCUGUAAAGGUUUCUGCAUUGACAUCUUAAAGAAGAUCGCCAAGUCGGUCAAGUUUACUUACGACUUGUAUCUGGUUACCAACGGCAAGCAUGGCAAGAAGAUUAAUGGAUCGUGGAACGGCCUGGUGGGAGAGGUGGUGUUAAAAAAUGCCCACAUGGCCGUCGGUUCCUUGACCAUCAACGAGGAAAGGUCAGAGGUCAUCGACUUCUCCGUCCCAUUCAUCGAGACCGGCAUCAGUGUCAUGGUCUCCCGUAGCAACGGCACCGUUUCACCUUCUGCCUUCUUAGAGCCCUUCAGCGCGGAUGUGUGGGUGAUGAUGUUCGUGAUGCUCUUGCUGGUGUCAGCAUUUGCCGUGUUCAUUUUUGAGUACUUCAGCCCCGUGGGCUACAACCGCUGUCUGGCUGACGGCAGAGAGCCGCACGGUCCAUCCUUCACCAUUGGCAAAGCCAUCUGGUUGCUGUGGGGUCUGGUCUUCAACAACUCUGUGCCGGUGCAGAACCCCAAAGGUACCACCAGCAAGAUCAUGGUAUCAGUGUGGGCCUUCUUUGCUGUCAUCUUCCUGGCCUCCUACACUGCCAACUUGGCUGCCUUCAUGAUCCAGGAGGAAUACGUGGACCAGGUAACGGGACUCUCGGACAAAAAGUUCCAAAGCCCCAACGACUUCUCGCCUCCCUUUCGGUUCGGCACGGUCCCGAAUGGGAGCACGGAGAGAAACAUAAGGAACAACUAUCCCGAGAUGCACUCCUACAUGACCAAGUUUCAUCAGAGAAAUGUCAAGGAGUCUCUUCAGAGCCUCAAAGCUGGCAAACUAGACGCUUUCAUUUACGACGCCGCCGUGCUGAAUUACAUGGCCGGCAGAGACGAGGGCUGCAAACUGGUGACCAUCGGCAGCGGUUACAUCUUCGCCACCACCGGCUACGGCAUCGCCAUCCAGAAGGAGUCGCUCUGGAAGAGACACGUGGACCUGGCCAUCCUGCAGCUCUUUGGAGACGGUGAGAUGGAGGAGCUGGAGUCCCUGUGGCUGACGGGAAUCUGCCACCACGAAAAGAAUGAGGUGAUGUCCAGCCAGCUGGACGUGGACAACAUGGCGGGGGUCUUCUACAUGCUGGGGGCCGCCAUGGCACUGUCGCUCAUCACAUUCAUCUGCGAACACUGGUUCUAUUGGCAGCUGAGGUUCUACUUCAUGGGUGUCUGCUCGGGUCGCCCUGGCCUUGUCUUUUCCGUCAGCAGGGGUAUCUACAGCUGUAUUCACGGCGUGCAGAUUGAAGAGAAAAGCAGCUCGGCGUUGAACUCGCCGUCGGCGACCAUGAACAACACUCAUUCCAACAUCUUGCGCCUGCUACGCACGGCCAAGAACAUGGCCUCCGGGGUGAACGGCUCGCCGCACAGCGCUCUGGACUUCAUUCGACGCGAAUCCUCCGUUUACGACAUCUCGGAACACAGACGCAGCCUGGCGGGACACUCGGACUGCAAGCCGCCGUACUUACCGGAUGAGAACAUGUUCAGCGAUUACAUCAGUGAGGUGGAGAGGACGUUUGGUAACGUCCACAUGAAGGAUAGUAAUCUGUACCAGGACCACUACCUGCACCAUCACGGUUCCACACUUGGGCUCAGUGGACCACCUCCCAACAGGCCCCAUAGUUUGGGCAGCGCCAGUUCCCUGGAGGGCGGCAUGUUUGACUGCGACAGCCUCGGAGGCGGGGCGCCGCCCAUUUUCACCACCCAACCCUGCUCGGCACUGACCCACAGAAACAUGAGCAAGUUUGACCUUCUGUCCGGACAGACUCCCCCCUCAGGACAAGGAUUUAAGAGCGGUCUUCCUGACUUGUACGGGAAGUUUUCGUUCAAGGGAGGAGCCUCCAGUUCCACUUACAUCCCCGGUCCGACUUACUGCGGAGGGAGAGGGGACGAUGACGGGAAUGUACGAUCGGAUGUCUCCGAUAUUUCCACGCACACGGUGACCUACGGGAACCUGGAAGGAAAUGCCAAGAAGCGCAAACAAUACCGCGAUAGCUUGAAAAAGAGGCCGGCCUCUGCCAAGUCCAGACGUGAGCUGGAUGAGAUCGAGCUGGGCUACAGGAGAAAGCCGUACCACAUAAGCCACCACCACUACCACAACCAUCGCUCGGCCUCGCCCCCACUUUUGCCAUCGGAACGGAAGCGAGGAGGGAAUAAUGACGCAAACUAUCUGUUCAGAGAAAAGGAAAGCGUGAGGGACUUUUAUUUGGACCAAUUCCGUCCAAAAGAGGGCGUCCCUCAAUGGGAACAUGUCGAUCUGACUGAGGGCACUGGGAAUAGGGACGGCGGAGUACCAACUUGCACUUCUCUGGUUCCGGUGGAGGACUUCCUCAAGGGCAAACCCAAAAAGUCGGACUCGAAAACUGGCAGUGGAUCUGGCUUGGCGGGCGGAGAGUGGGAGUGCAGGAACUGUCGGUCUGGAGGAGGAAUGAAGCAGAUGUCCAUGCACGGAGGAGGCUACGGUAUGAGCUGCGGCACCUCGGGGGGCGGAGGAAGCAGCCGCCCGAGCUCUGCGACCUGUAUGCGCUGCGAAGGCUGCAAAAAGUCGGGAAACCUCUACGACAUCAGCGAGGACAACAACCACCUCUUGGAACAGAUUGGUGGAGGGAAAGGUGGGGCUCCAAUCUCCCAGCCGCCAUCGCAAGCCCAACAGAGGAGGAAGGGCGGCGGAUUCGGCAAGCCACUCAGGCGGCAGCAUUCCUAUGACGCCUUUGUUGACCUUCAGAAGGACGACUCGGGCGGCAUGGGGAGCAUGAUGGGAGGAGUUGGUGGGAUGGGUGCUCCGGGUAUGGGAGGCAUGCUACCACCUCCCCGAAGCGUUAGCUUGAAGGAGAAGGAGCGCUACAUGGAGGGCACGAGCCCCUUUGCGCACAUAUUUGAGCGUCACGGGGGUUCCGAGAGGGAACGGGAAAGAGACCGGGACCCUUCGUUUUAUGGAGGUGACGGCCGAUUCGGGGGCCUGUUCCGAGGAGGCGAGGGCCUCCAUCGUCGCUCCGUCGGAGAGAGAGACAUGAGAGACAGGGACAGGUCUUUGAUGGAAGGUGGCGGCGGGGCGGCAUUCUCUUUAUCCAAAUCGCUUUAUCCGGACCGGGUAAACCAGAACCCCUUUAUACCCACGUUUGAUGACGAUCAAUGUCUGCUGCACGGAGCCAAACAAUAUUACAUGAAAAAGCAACAGCAGCAGCAACAGGUUGCCAAAAACAGCCGAAGUGACUUCAGAAGCCAGUUGAGCACCACGUCUUAUCUGCCCCCACCCGCCGCGCCAAUGUCCAAUGUGCCCCCGCGGUUCCCGAAAGAACUCAGCCUUGGUGGACUGAACCACCACGGCUCCAUGCUGGGGGUGGGCCCGCCGCGACCCUUCAACGGAAGCAACGGCCACGUCUACGAGAAACUCUCCAGUAUCGAAUCGGACGUGUGA